AUGGGACGAGCGGCCCUUCUGGGGGCUCCUCGUGGCGCUGAACGGUCACGUGGCGGACGACUAGGUCCCGACGCUUUAUCGGAUUGUGGGAUUGCAAGUACAUCUGCUGCUAGAGCAGGCAGGGUUGAGGAUUUUGGGGCGAGAGGAGGAGACGAGUUAGGAGGUAGAGAGGAGGGAAAGGGGGGAAGAAGGAGAGAGGAUGGGGGAGAGGGAGAAGUGAGAGAGGAGGCGGGAGGGGGAGGAUUGAGAGAGGACGGGGGAGGGGGAGGGGGAGGGGGAGGGGGAGGAGAGGCAGGAGGGAGACAAGGAGGGACGGACAGCGAGGCGGUGCUGUGGCAU